GAUAGAUUUUACUGUUACAUUAAAUUGAAGAAAGAUAUUCUUAGUCAAAAACAAUAAAAUGAGUGCGUGUAAUACAGAGACAAUAAAACUAAUAGGAAAAUACUUAAACACACCUGUAGGCCCAGUUUGCUAUAACACUGAUAGGGUAUUGACAACAGUAUUGGGUAAACAGAAUGUAUAUGGUUUUGCAAGUAUUGUAUUACAAUUAGUAUCAAAAAGUGGUGUACAAAUGUCACAGGAAAAUUUAUUGCUUAGCUAUCAAUGGCUUGAGCAUAUUGCAAUCUAUUCCAACCAGGCAGUUACUAAUCCUAUUCUAGCCAAGAAUUUCUUGCAGGACAUAAACAAGGCCUUACAAAGGAAUACCUAUCUGACAGGCAAUUUCAUAAAUAUAGUUGAUGUUGCAACUUAUUAUGCAUUAUAUCCUCUACUAGAACGUCUUCCAAUUUAUGAACGUGAGUCAUUACUUCAUCUUUUUAGGUGGUCAAAACAUAUACAAGCCCAACCUAAAGUGUGUUCAAGCAAGCCACCUCUAGCACUGAAUAAUUUGACACUCUCAGUAUUAGCUCCUAUAGCGCAUUAAAUUUCAUAUAUAUGAACACUUAAUGUGUUAAAUUUAAUAAUAUUAAAUAAAUUGACUCAUAUUAUGUCUGGUAGAUAUAUCAUAAUAUAUUGUUGAGAGUACACAACUAAAAAAAAUACAAAUAAAUAUUUUUUUAUAUGUUUGUGAUGAAAUGAGAUGGCUUUUCUUUCCUCAAAAGAGACUUGUAUGCUGGUCAAAGUAAUAAAUGAAAAUUGAUAUGCUAAUAAACAUUCUUUAAAUAAUAAGUAGUCAAAUACAGGCAGUAUUAAAUCUAAUAAUUACAGUAUUUAUAUUGAGGUUUAAAACAAAACUUAAACAAUAUAUUUUUAAUAAUAAAAGAUUAGUUCAUUGAAGAACCAAACAAUUAUUCUGAAAAUAAUGUUUGUAAGAACAGAAUCCUUCACAUCAAUUCAUAAAAAAUACAUUGUUAGCUUUAUAUGAUUCAUCUACAUGAAUGAUUAACCACAAAGUACCAUGUAUAUUUGAAUAUUUACAGUAGAAAAUCAAUUAUUAUGUAACAAUUCAUACAAUAAAUAUUAAUGACUGAA